CGUUACUGUAGGAAUGUGCGCUUGGACCUGACCGAACUGCACUCCCAGGUGGGAACCUGCCAGGCUAAGAGCAACAAGUUCGCAGCUGCUUACCAGUCACUGAUACGGACUUUAAUUAAGAGUUGAGCGCCUCAGAAAGAAGCUGAAGACCGGGUGCUUUGUACAGCAGAUCUUUUAGACUUCAGACAGUGGUUGUCGGAAUAACAGAUAAUAUGGAAUCAAAAAACAUUUUGGAAUCUGAGCUACUUCAGCUAGAGUGCCAUUUCACAUGGGAACUGAAAGAAAAUGAUCUUGACUAUUUGGAAAACAGGCUGCUUGAUGAAAUCAAGUUUGGCUACAGCAAAUACAAGAUUGGUUUUUAUAAUCAUCUGGCAUAUGUUAAAUUCCUUCAGCAAGACACGGAAGGAGCCCUGAAAUUUUUGGAGCAAGCUGAGAAAACUGCAAGAGACAAUCAUGCUGAGGACUUUGAAAAGCUGAUUAUUGUAACUUAUGGAAAUUUUGCUUGGCUAUACUUCCAUAUGGGCGAUGGCCCCAAAGCACAGAGCUACUUGAGGAAGGUGGAAGUUAUAUGCAAAAUGUUUCCUAACAGAGCUCGUCUCACGGCUCUUAUUCCUACUUUAUAUGGUGAAAAAGGAUGGUGUUUCUUGAAGGCUUGGAACAAAAAAUAUGAAGAAAUAAAUGCAUGCUUUGAAAAGGCAUUAGAGCAAGAGCCUGAUGAGCCUGAGUGGAACACUGGCUAUGCAAUUGCAUUGUCUCGCUCCGAGAGAGGCAUAACGAGACAGAAUACUGAUGAAGAAACAGCAGCAGUGAACCAGUUGAGACGUGCACUACAACUUGACCCAGAAAAUAGCAUGAUAAUGGCACUUCUGGCCUUAGUGCUGAAACAAAAAACAGAAUCCACAGAGUUAGCAGAGCAAGCUCUUAAAAUGUCACACGACAACCCUUUAGUGGCUCAGCUUGUUGGCAAAGUGUUCCGAUUGCUUGGAGAAGCUGACAAGUCCUUACAGAUCCUGCAAGCUGCAUUACCAUUUACCUCAUCAACCAGUAUACUGCAUUAUCAGAUUGCACUAAAUUAUAAAUCUAAAGUGAGGGACGCAAACUGCCUGACAAAGAACAAAAGUGAAUACCCACAAAUAAAAAAACUGAUUGAAAUGGAAAUUUACCAUCUAAAACAAGUGGCACAACAAAGGCCUUCUUACAUCUGGCCACAAGUUGACCUAGCCACAUGUUACGCAGAUUUAAAAAAUUUUGGCAAAGCUUUAAAAAUAAUGUCCUCGUUAUUUUCUAUUCCUGAUUUGCAAGAUGAAGAAAAACAAGAAAUCCACCUUAAUCUGGGGAAGUUGUACUUCUACCGAUUAAAAUCAGUUCAUGUUGCUGUCGCACAUUUUAAAGCUGGAAUACAAAUUGAAACGGAUUCUGAGAAACGAAAACAAUGCUUUAGCUCUCUGAGGAAAGUGGCGGAGACACUUGGGAGAGGGAAUCCCGAAAACGGGCUUCACUUUGCUCUCCAUGGGUUCAUACAUCAAAUGAACAACAGCAAAACAGAAGCAAUUCAGUUCUACGAAAAAGCAUUAUUUUAUGAUAAGGGCAAUGAAGAAUACUUGAAAGCACUGUCUGACCUUCACCAUCCAGUGAGCUGAAAUGGAAACCAAAGUUUGUAAAAGUCUGAAUUAGAGUAAUCUGCCCUAAUCAGGGGGUGUUCCUAAGAAAUGUAACGAUUUAUUUACAUAACAGUACAUAAUAACCAAGAAUAGUUGUAUCAUAUAUUUAAAAUAUUAAAAUAUGUGCUUCAUUUGUUUAAAGUCUAAAUAUUCUGAAUUGUAAUAGAGGUUUGCCAUUUUUGACCCUCUGAUAGAGAUCCAUAGAUAACUAGAUACCAAGUAAAGAAUCAAAAAUAGCAUCAUAGUCAUAAUUACUGAUAUUGAAAUAGUUUAAAACAACAUUUCUUAAACUUUUUUAUGUCAUGACCCAGUCUUGCCCUGUUGCAUACCCAAUCGUUGUUCCCUCUUGGAGAAUCAUAGGCGAUCGCCAUGGGGGUAAUUGAGCACAACUGUUGUAGCAAUGUCCUGCGCAACUCACUUCCAUUAAAUACAACAGUAACUCAUGUCCAAAUGACUGCAAACCGUGACCUAACCACAACAUAGGUUAAGAAGCCCUGGUGUAAACAGAUACUCC